GUGAUUACCACUCUAGGAGAUGUCAUUCUUGAGAUUGCUGAUAAAACAUCUGAACAGGGAAAGCGCAAGCUUUUGGUCUCGUCUGCGGUCCUUAGCAAUGCCUCGCCUGUAUUUUCCAAGAUGUUCAGCGGUGGCUCAUAUGCAGGUCACGCUUUGUCGACGACUUCACCGCAGACGGUGCCACUCCCCGAUGAUGAUCCGAAUUCGAUUUUUCUGAUAUGCCUAAUCACUCAUCUCAAAAUAUUCAAGCUGCCAGAAAUGCUGAAUAUGACCGAUUUCACCAAUUUCGCACAUGUCUGCCACAAGUACUCGUGCGUGGAGGCUGUCCAUACGCAUUCUAUAGUCUGGUGUUCCUUCCUUAUGCAGUACCCAGAGGAUGCGGGUUUCGAGAAGUUGAUCCUUGCUACACACUUCCUCGAUCUGCACAUAUCGUUCAACAGAGUCACACAGAGCAUAAUUCGAGACCGGUCAGCUAUCAUCAACAUCGCCACUGCUAUGGAAGGUCAUGAAAAACUGCCAGUGGAUCUAUUCAAGAAAGUA